ACUUCAUUAUUUCUCUCGGUGUAAAAUCAUAAAAACAUUGUUAGUGUAAACAAUUCCCCUCGAAAUGCUCGAAAGGGAAAGAUUCCCGGAUUUAAAUAAUAAAUUCCAUGAAUACUAUUGACAUUACAAAAAUUGACAGCUGACGACUGCAUAAUUAUAAAUUAAUUAACCAUUUGCGCUAAUUAUUUAGGCGGGUGAGGGAUAAAUAUCAGUCAAUGAUUUCUUGGAGGUUAUAAACAUAAAGAAUUUUUCUACAGAUCGAAAUGGAUAAUUUGUUUGGAAAAGACGAUUCGGAGAACGAAAACGAAAAUAAUGGGAUUGGAAUUAAGGAUUCUAAUAGAGAUAGUGAUGUGGGUGUUGAUAAAGAUGAUAUGAUUGAUGUUGAGGAGCACGAAAUAAAGACUGAAUUGGAUAGUUCUGGAGCUGAUGCUGCUUCUGAUUCAGACAUGGUGCCUUCGAAUGACCUGACAACUCUGAGUCCUGAAAAACGAUUCUCAGACCCUAGGAGCAGCAACGACUCAUCUGGAAUGGAAAUCGAGACGACUAGACAUAAAGGAGUCGAUGAUUUAUUUCAUUCUGAUAUCGUUCUUCCCCAAGCAGCACCUGUCGUAAUAAAAGAGCGAAGAGAGAGUAAAGAGAAAAAUAAAAAGGAGUUGGAGGAAGAGGAGCGAGAGAAAAUGCAAGUUCUCGUUUCUAACUUCACUGAGGAUCAGCUGGAUAGGUAUGAAAUGUACAGGAGAGCUGCGUUUCCAAAAGCAGCGAUAAAAAGAAUUAUGCAGACAAUAACUGGAUGCUCAGUCUCUCAGAAUGUCGUAAUCGCAAUGUCUGGAAUUGCUAAAGUGUUCGUAGGAGAAAUUGUGGAAGAAGCUCUGGAUGUGAUGGAAGCGAAUAACGAGUCAGGACCUCUCCAGCCCAAACAUCUUCGAGAAGCUGUUCGUAGAAUCCGACGUCAAGGCCAGAUUCCCACUGGCAAAACGAGAAAAGCUUUCUUGAGACUCUGAAAAUUCCAUUUUCCCCACACCAGCAAUUCCCUUUGUUUAUAAAAUUGUUCCCAAAACCCCAGUACUUCUAUUUUUAAUCAGUAAAUCCUUUUGCUACAAUAAAAACCAUUGCCAUCGAA